GAAGACUUACGGGUUCAGGAUAUCAAACGUGGGCACUGAAUUCAGCUUGAAUUUCAGGAUUCAGAACCAUCAAAUGGUGUUGGUUGAAACAGAAGGAUCAUACACCAAUCAGAUCGUGUUGGACUCUCUUGAUGUACACGUUGGACAAUCCUACUCUGUUCUUGUCACAGCCAAUCAAAACCAAGCUGAUUACUACAUAGUGGCGACUCCCAAAUUGGUAGACCUCAACGACACUGAUUACAAGGACUUGGUGGGUGUGGGAGUUCUGCAUUACUCAAAUUCAACCACCCCAGUUAGUGGGCCUCUGCCUGAUGGACCUGGCCCAUUUGACAUUGAGUUCUCAGUAAAUCAAGCCAAGUCUAUUAGAAUUCCGAGGCCUCGUCUCCACAUAAUGAAGGCGUGAAUGUUUAGAAUUUAGUAUAUUGAAG